CCAAAAACCAUAAUUACCCAACUUUCUACUCUCUCUUUCUCUCUCUUUUUUCUCUUCUCCCCGAAAAUCCCGUCCGUCCAUUUCCUCCUCAUUAUUCAUUUUUCCUUCCCUUUCUCUGUCCUCCCUCCUUCAAACUUAUUCUCACUUUCUUGCAUGCAUUUCACCACGCAACAAAACCCACUCUCAUCCCUCCACGUGUCUUCCCCAAUCCUAAGCUUUCUCUCUAAUACUCCAUCUAUCCCAUUUCUCUUCCACUCUCUCUCUCUCUCUCUCUCUCUCUCUCUCUCUCUCUCUCUCCCUCCCUGGCCUUUUCGUGACAAUUUUGGUUUGAUUUCCUUUUUGUUGAAGGAGAUUUCGUACUUUCCAAGCUCACAUACAUAUAUAUAAUAUAAUAUACAUACAGACAAAUACGCGAAACAACGUAAGGAUCUGUGUCUACAAUUUUCUUCAAAAUCUGGUUUUUCCAUAUCUUGUGUUGUGCUGUUGGUUAUAUUAGCGAGCGAGAUCUGUUUGGUUGGCGAGAAAAUCAAUCAAAAAGUGGGAAAAUGACUCAGGAUUUCAGUUUCAUCAUUUUUUCAUUCGUUUUCGCGGCAGCUGCCAAAUAAUCAGAGAAUAACCAAAGAAAAAAGAAAAAGCGAAAAACGAAGGUAGUUGAAGGGGAGGCUCUGGAGGUGACGACUGAUCGAUGUCGAACCUCGAGUCGGGACCGCAAGGGCUGACGAGAAGGCCAUCUCGCAGCGCGGCCACCACAACGUUCUCUACGGAGGUCUUCGACAACGAGGUUGUUCCCUCUUCUCUCGCCUCCAUCGCUCCUAUUCUCCGCGUUGCCAAGGAGAUCGAGCAUGAACGCCCUCGCGUCGCCUAUCACUGUCGAUUCUAUGCGUUUGAGAAGGCACACAGGUUGGAUCCGAGUUCCAGUGGGCGUGGCGUGAGGCAGUUCAAGACGUUGCUUUUGCAACGAUUGGAGAGGGACAAUGCGACAAGUCUUGCUUCUCGUGUUAAGAAGACAGAUGCAAGGGAAAUCGAGAGCUUCUAUCAGCAAUACUACGAACACUAUGUGAGAGCUCUUGACCAAGGCGAGCAGGCAGACAGAGCCCAACUCGCUAAGGCAUACCAGACAGCUGGAGUGCUUUUUGAAGUUCUUUGUGCCGUUAACAAGAGUGAGAAAGUUGAAGAAGUUGCUCCUGAGAUUAUUGCCGCGGCCAAAGAUGUUCAAGAAAAGACGGAAAUUUAUGCACCGUAUAACAUUCUUCCUCUGGAUUCUGCUGGGGCUUCGCAGUCCAUUAUGCAGCUUGAAGAGGUUAAGGCUGCUGUUGCUGCAUUAUGGGAUUCUCGUGGCUUGAACUGGCCUGUUUCAUUCGAGCAGCAAAGGCAGAAAGCUGGAGAGUUAGACCUCCUUGAUUGGCUAAGGGCCAUGUUUGGAUUCCAGAGAGACAAUGUCAGGAAUCAGAGGGAGCAUCUUGUUUUGCUGCUUGCUAAUGCCCAUAUAAGGCUCCAUCCGAAGCCUGAACCUCUUAAUAAGCUUGAUGAUCGAGCUGUUGACGCAGUUAUGACCAAGCUUUUCAAGAACUACAAAACAUGGUGCAAAUUUUUGGGACGAAAACAUAGUUUAAGGCUCCCUCAAGGUCAACAAGAAAUACAGCAGAGGAAGAUAUUGUACAUGGGUUUAUAUCUUCUCAUAUGGGGUGAAGCAGCAAAUGUUCGCUUCAUGCCGGAAUGUUUAUGCUAUAUCUUUCAUAAUAUGGCUUAUGAACUCCAUGGUCUCUUGGCUGGAAAUGUCAGCAUUGUCACUGGUGAAAAUAUAAAGCCUUCUUAUGGUGGGGAUGAUGAGGCUUUCUUGCGGAAGGUUAUAACACCCAUUUACCGUGUAAUUGAUAAGGAAGCCAAAAAGAGCAAAAAUGGAAAAGCUCCUCACUCAGCUUGGUGCAAUUAUGAUGAUUUGAAUGAGUACUUCUGGUCAUCUAAUUGCUUCUCUCUUGGCUGGCCAAUGCGUGAUGAUGGUGAUUUUUUCAAAUCAACUCGUGAUUUGGCAAAGGGAAGAAAGGGUUAUCAAACAAAAUCCGGAAGCACAGGAAAGUCGUAUUUUGUUGAAACUCGAACAUUUUGGCACAUUUUUAGAAGUUUUGAUCGACUGUGGACCUUUUAUAUACUUGCUCUACAGGGAUUGAUCAUUAUAGCUUUUGAGGAUGUUACCCUGUCAGAUAUUUUUCAAAAUAAAAAGAAGGUUGUAUACCAUGUAUCUAGCAUAUUCAUUACUGCAGCCUUUCUUCGCUUCCUCCAAGGUAUUCUGGACCUGUUUGUGAAUUUCCCAGGAUAUCAUAGGUGGAGGUUUACUGAUGUAUUAAGAAAUAUUCUCAAGAUAAUUGUUAGCCUUGCAUGGUCUGUCAUUCUUCUACUGUUUUAUGUGCAUUCCUUCAACCCUGACAAGAUUAACGACAAGCUGUCCUUUCUCGGUCAUGUAAAUGGUGUUCCUCCUUUGUAUAUUUUUGCCGUCAUAAUAUAUUUGCUUCCCAAUUUACUAGCAGCAGUUCUGUUCUGCUUUCCGAUGCUCCGGCGUUGGAUUGAAAACUCAGACUGGCAUAUUGUUAGGUUCCUCUUGUGGUGGUCACAGCCAAGAAUAUACGUUGGAAGAGGGAUGCAUGAAAGUCAGUUUGCACUUUUCAAGUAUACUUUUUUCUGGGUGGUACUUUUGUGUUCAAAAUUCGCAUUCAGCUAUUUUGUCCAGAUAAAACCUCUGGCAAAGCCAACAAGAAACAUAAUGGAUAUUCGUAGAGUUGAUUACAAAUGGCAUGAAUUUUUCCCUGAUGCAAAAAACAACUAUGGAGCUCUUGUAUCACUCUGGGCACCAAUAGUCUUGGUAUAUUUUAUGGACACUCAAAUAUGGUAUUCCAUUUAUUCGACCUUGUAUGGUGGUGUUGUUGGGGCCUUUGAUCGUCUCGGAGAGAUACGAACUUUGGGCAUGCUAAGAUCACGGUUUCAGUCCUUACCUGGAGCAUUCAACACAUAUCUAUUGCCUUCUGAUAAGUCCCGGAAAAGGGGAUUUUCUUUAUCGAAACGUUUUGCAGAGAUUACAGCAAGCAGGAGAAGUGAAGCUGCAAAAUUUGCUCAGUUGUGGAAUGAAGUAAUAUGUAGCUUCCGUGAGGAAGAUCUCAUAAGUGACAAGGAGAUGGAUUUGUUGCUAGUUCCAUAUUCAUCAGAUCCUAGCCUGAAGCUAAUUCAGUGGCCACCAUUUUUGCUUGCUAGCAAGAUUCCAAUAGCACUGGAUAUGGCAGCUCAAUUUAAACCUAAGGACUCUGAUCUCUGGAAGCGUAUAUGUGCUGAUGAUUUCAUGAAAUGUGCUGUCCUUGAGUGUUAUGAAUCAUUCAAGCAUGUCCUGAAAAUUCUUGUGAUUGGAGAAAAUGAGAAAAGGAUAAUUGGCAUCAUUAUUAAAGAAAUUGAAAGUAACAUUUCCAAAAAUACGCUUCUUGUAAAUGUCAGAAUGGGUUCUUUACCCUCUCUUUGCAAAAAAUUUGUGGAGCUGGUAGCAUUCUUGAGAGAGGGAGAUCCAUCCAAGCGAGAAAAAGUGGUGGUGUUGUUGCAAGAUAUGCUGGAAGUAGUAACCCGUGAUAUGAUGGUGAAUGAAAUCCGUGAAUUGGCUGAAGUGGGUCAUAGUAGCAAGGAUUCUGGAAGGCAACUUUUUGCUGGUACUGACAAGAAACCUGCUAUAGCAUUCCCUCCUGUAGUUACAGCUCAGUGGGAAGAACAGAUAAGACGCCUCCACCUACUAUUGACUGUGACGGAAUCUGCCAUUGAUGUGCCAACAAAUCUUGAAGCACGUAGAAGAAUUGCAUUUUUUACAAAUUCAUUGUACAUGGACAUGCCACGUGCUCCACGAGUCCGUAAAAUGCUUUCAUUCAGUGUCUUGACUCCAUACUAUAGCGAGGAGACCCUUUACUCUAAAAAUGACCUUGAAAUCGAAAAUGAAGAUGGUGUAUCAAUCUUAUAUUACUUGCAAAAGAUUUUCCCUGAUGAGUGGAAUAACUUCAUGGAGCGACUUAAUUGUAAACAAAUUAGCGACAUUUGGGAAAAUGAUGAGCACAUUUUGCAGCUUCGACACUGGGUCUCCUUGAGAGGACAAACACUCUGCAGGACAGUGAGAGGAAUGAUGUAUUACCGACGUGCUCUAAAGCUUCAGGCUUUUCUUGACAUGGCCUCUGAAAGUGAGAUACUUGAUGGUUAUAAAGCGAUAACAGUUCCAUCGGAGGAGGAUAAGAAAAGCCAGAGAUCCCUUUAUGCUCAAUUAGAAGCUGUGGCUGACAUGAAAUUUACGUAUGUUGCUACCUGUCAAAACUAUGGCAAUCAGAAGCGAAGUGGAGAUCGACGUGCCACAGAUAUACUUAAUCUGAUGGUUAAUAAUCCUUCUCUUCGGGUGGCAUAUAUUGAUGAAGUUGAAGAGAGUGAAGCUGGUGGAAAAGCGCAGAAGGUUUACUAUUCUGUAUUAGUCAAGGCAGUUGAAAAUCUUGACCAGGAAAUCUACCGUAUAAAAUUGCCCGGUGCAGCAAAGAUAGGGGAAGGGAAACCUGAAAAUCAGAACCAUGCUAUAAUUUUCACUCGAGGCGAGGCUCUUCAGGCCAUUGACAUGAACCAGGACAACUACUUGGAAGAAGCUUUCAAAAUGCGUAAUCUUCUAGAAGAAUUCAAUGAGGAUCAUGGUAUACGCCCCCCUACAAUUUUAGGUGUUCGUGAGCAUAUCUUUACUGGAAGUGUGUCUUCUUUGGCUUGGUUCAUGUCAAAUCAGGAAACAUCCUUUGUCACGCUAGGCCAGAGAGUUCUUGCAAGACCGUUGAAGGUUCGGUUCCAUUAUGGUCAUCCUGAUGUGUUCGAUAGAAUCUUUCACAUUACUCGUGGUGGGAUUAGCAAAGCUUCUCGUGGCAUCAAUCUUAGCGAAGACAUUUUUGCUGGUUUCAACUCAACACUAAGGCGAGGGAAUGUAACGCACCACGAGUAUAUUCAGGUUGGGAAGGGUAGAGAUGUUGGGCUAAACCAAAUUUCUCUCUUUGAGGCAAAAGUGGCUUGUGGUAAUGGAGAGCAGACGCUUAGCAGGGAUAUCUAUCGAUUAGGGCAUCGUUUUGACUUCUUCCGUAUGCUGUCGUUUUAUUUUACGACAGUAGGAUUUUAUAUUAGCGCUGGGAUUGUACUCCUUACAGUCUACUUUUUCCUAUAUGGAAAGCUUUAUAUGUCAUUGAGUGGAGUGGAGGAGGCAGUAGUGAAAUUUGCCAAGGCCAAGGGAGACAAUUCUCUGAAGGCAGCUUUGGCUUCACAAUCUGUUGUUCAAUUAGGUCUUUUGAUGGCCUUACCCAUGGUCAUGGAAAUAGGACUAGAGAGAGGGUUUAGAACUGCAUUAGGUGACAUAAUAAUUAUGCAGCUACAGCUAGCAUCUGUUUUCUUUACUUUCUCUCUUGGAACCAAGGUACAUUAUUAUGGGCGAACUGUCCUCCAUGGUGGUGCAAAAUACAGAGCAACUGGACGUGGUUUUGUGGUUCGGCAUGAGAAGUUUGCUGAGAAUUAUAGGAUGUACUCAAGGAGUCACUUUACAAAAGGGCUGGAACUUAUGAUAUUGCUGAUAGCUUAUCAGAUAUAUGGCUCAUCAGAUCAAAUCGCAUCAUUUGCCCUCCUCACAUUCUCAAUGUGGUUCUUAGUGAUUUCUUUCUUGUUCGCUCCUUUUCUUUUUAAUCCAAUGGGAUUUGAAUGGCAGAAGAUAGUAGAAGAUUGGGAUGAUUGGACUAAGUGGAUAAGUAUCCGUGGUGGUAUAGGUGUACCGGCAACCAAGAGCUGGGAGUCUUGGUGGGAUGAGGAACAGGAGCACCUACAGUCAACUGGGCUUUUAGGACGAUUCUGUGAAAUAGUUCUUUCUUUGCGCUUCUUUCUAUUUCAGUAUGGAAUUGUCUAUCAUUUAAAUGUGGCCAGGCAUGAAAGUGGCAUCAUGGUUUAUGGUCUGUCUUGGCUGGUUAUUGUUGCAGUUAUGAUCAUCUUGAAGAUUGUGUCCAUGGGCAGAAAAAAGUUUAGUGCAGAUUUCCAGCUAAUGUUCAGACUUCUCAAGUUUUUCUUGUUUAUUGGGGUUGUAGUUACUCUUGUAAUCCUGUUUGCCUUCCUUAGUCUCACAGUUGGAGACAUCUUUGCCGGCUUAUUGGCCUUCAUGCCAACUGGAUGGGCAAUUCUGCAGAUAUCACAAGCGUGUAGACCAUUCAUUAAGGCCAUAGGAAUGUGGGGAUCUGUCAAAGCUCUAGCAAGAGGGUAUGAAUACCUUAUGGGAGUUGUUCUGUUUGCACCUGUAGCAGUACUGGCUUGGUUCCCCUUUGUCUCGGAGUUUCAAACUCGGUUGCUCUUCAACCAAGCUUUCAGCAGAGGGCUUCAGAUCCAGCGUAUUCUGGCUGGUGGGAAGAAGCACAAGUAAUCAUAUAAUAUAGCCUUGCAAUUAUUUCUUUGCAUACAAGAAAAUUUUAGAGAGUUCAAAAUGGGACAUAAUUUAUUCAUUCUUAGAGGAAAAAUAACAUUUCGUUAAUGCACUAGGAUUAAUUAUGUGUAUAUAUUUUUUAUAAUUAUUUUUUAAUAAUAUAUAAUAACAAUAUCUUGCCCGCCUCCAUCCUCUCCAUAGAUGGGGAUUCCGGUGGCCGGUGGGUGGAUGAUGAUUCCGAUAAUUUGAAAAAAGGCCAUCUUGGACCGUGACCUGCCUGUCUAAUCUAUCAUUACUACUUAAAAAAAAAUUAAUUUUGUUCCAUUA